UACAUUUAAAUUGAUCGCGACCGUUGACGGUACAAGAAGUAGAGUGUAGUGUGAUUUCCUUCGUCCUCUUUUCACAUCGACAUGGUUUGUGUUCUUAUUUGUGGAUCAAAAGAGACUAACAAAAAUUUUCUUUUAUACUAAAAAAUUCUAUAAAGUGAAGAAGAGAAUUUUGUGAGAAUUUAAUUUUUUUAAAUUGAAAUUAAAUUAAUUACACAAAAUAAUUUAAAUUAUUGUUGUGUGAAGAAAGUUUUUUUUAUUUAUCUUUCUUGGUGAUAUUUAAAAUCGUCUGAAUAUUUUGUGUCUGAAUCUGUUAAUAAAAUAAUUGUCUUGAAGACAUUCCAGUGUUUAUUUUUUUUUUGUAGAAAAUCCAAUCAAAUAAAAUAUUGAUACCUGAAAUAAAAAAAAAAAAAACAAAGAAAAAGCAACUGAUAUUAAUUCUACAUAAAAAAAAGUAUUUAUCUACGUCUAAGGCUAAACUUUAAAAAAAAAAUAAACCUCGCUUAAUUAAACUAAUCUACAAAAUACAAAAACACUCAUUAAAUAGAUUUAAAUAAAUAAUAUUUAAUAAACACCUGACUGAACUUGAUAGAAACAAGUAAAUUUAUUUUUAAGAAUUAGAAAAGUAGAAUUUUUAAAAAAAUUAAGAAUCAAAGAUGACACGAGGAAGUAUCGAAAUUCAACAACCUCCAUCGAGUAAAACAACAAAUGGUCUUCCUGAUCAAGGAGAUUUCUACAGGAAAUGCGAUGAUGAUUCGCCAGAAGUUAGUUCAACUAACAAAGAUGCCUCAAAAGAAAAAGCAGAAAGUGUUUCAUAUUUCUCAUUGUAUCGUUAUUCAACAAUUGGUGAAAGACUUUUAAUGAUGUUCGGUGUGGUAUUGGCUGCAUUAGGAUCAAUUGGAGUACCAUAUUCGGUAGUAAUUUAUGGUGAAUUCACAUCGCUAUUAAUUGACAGAACAACAGGAUUUGGAACAUCAUCACCAACUUUUAUAUUGAAUAUAUUUGGAGGUGGUAAAGUAUUAACAAAUGCAAGUAAAGAAGAAAAUAUUCAAGCAAUUAAAGAUGAUUCAUUAGCUUUUGGUAUUGGAAGUGUUGUUGGAGGUAUGGCUGAGUGGAUAUUACUUGCCAUUGCUUUAGAUAUUAUGAAUGGAGUUGCUCUAAAUCAGAUCCGCCGCAUAAGAACCCUUUUCUUACAAUCAAUCCUUCGACAAGAUAUGUCUUGGUAUGAUACAACAUCUGGAAAUAAUUUUGCUAGCAAAAUGACAGAAGAUCUCGAAAAACUAAAAGAAGGAAUCGCUGAAAAAGUAGCCAUAUUCACCUUCCUCAUUAUGACUUUCAUCACAUCAAUUGGAGCCUCAUUUUUAUACGGAUGGGAAUUGACUCUGGUAGUCAUAACUUGCUGUCCAUUUAUCAUUAUUUCAACAGCUUUAGUUGCCAAAAUUCAAAGUAGUCUCACAGUGAAAGAACUUAAAGCCUAUUCAAUUGCUGGAAAUGUCGCUGAAGAAGUAUUCAGUGGAAUUCGUACGGUCUUAGCAUUUAGCGGUGAACGAAAAGAAUCAGCUCGUUAUAAUAAACUUCUUCAUCCAGCUGAAAAUAUUGGAAAGAAAAAAGGUCUCUAUUCGGGAAUUGGAGGUGGCGUUAUGUGGUUUAUUAUUUAUUGCAGUUAUGCUAUUGCAAUGUGGUAUGGUGUCCAGUUGAUUAUUGAAGAUCGUUAUAAAGAAGUUCGUAAUUAUACACCAGCUGUAUUGAUUAUUGUGCUGUUUGGUGUAAUUAUGGGAGCUCAGAAUCUUGGCUUCUCUUCACCACAUUUGGAAGCUUUCGCCAUUGCCAAAGGUGCAGCUAGAUCAAUUUUUGCUGUGAUUGAUCGACAAACUGCUAUUGAUCCCAUGGGUGAAGAAGGCUUGAGACCUGAUUCGAUCAGUGGUGAUAUCGAGUUUGAAAAUCUUCACUUUAAAUAUCCAUCAAGACCUGAAGUUCAAGUUUUGAAAGGGUUAAGUGUUUCGAUAAAAACCGGUCAAACAGUAGCUUUUGUUGGACCAUCAGGAUGUGGCAAGUCUACAAGUCUUCAACUUCUUCAGAGAAUGUACGAUCCAGAAAGUGGAGUUGUUCGUUUAGAUGGAAGAAAUAUCAAAGACUUGAAUGUAGCUUGGCUAAGGUCUCAAAUCGGAGUUGUUGGACAGGAACCAGUACUAUUCGCGACCACCAUUGAAGAUAACAUCCGAUUUGGAAAGCCUACGGUAACGCAAGAAGAAAUCGAACAAGCUUGCAAAAUGGCCAAUUGUCAUAACUUUAUCAGUCAACUUCCUGAUGGCUACAAGACAAUGGUUGGAGAAAAAGGUGCCCAAAUGUCUGGUGGGCAGAAACAAAGAAUUGCUAUUGCUAGGGCUUUGGUUAGAAAUCCAAGAAUUUUGUUACUUGAUGAAGCUACUUCAGCUUUAGAUCCCACUUCUGAGAGACGAGUACAAGAUGCUCUCGAAGUUGCUAGCAAAGGACGAACGACUCUUGUGGUUUCACAUCGUUUAUCAACCGUUACCAAUGCUGAUAAGAUCGUUUUUGUUAAAGAUGGCUUCGUUAUGGAACAGGGAACUCACGAAGAACUUAUGGCUAAGAAGGGACUUUACUUUGGUUUGGUUAAUUCAACUAAACGCAAGGAAGAAGUUAUUCAAGAUCAAGAACCAAGGUUACGAAAAAUGGCAUCGUUUAAGAAUAAAUCCGAUGGAAGUAUUGUUGAUGAAGAUAGCGAAAGUGAAGAUGAAGAUUCCCCCGAGAAGAAAGAAUUGAAAGAGAAAUACAAAGUGGGUUUCUUCAAGUUGAUGAAACUGAAUGCGCCUGAGAAAUUCUUCAUCUUAGCUGGCUGCAUUGCUGCAGCGUUACAUGGUGGUACGUUUACCGUUUGGGCUGUUUAUUUCGGUGACUUCUUUGGGAUUAUGUCAAAUCCAGAUGAUGACUAUGUUCAGUCCCAAGCAAAUCAAUUUGCUCUAUUCUUCCUUGGCAUCGGAUUAGUUGCUGGCUUGGGAACACUUGUUCAAACUUACAUGUUUACUGUAGCUGGGGCUAAACUUACAACUAGAUUACGACAAAGGGCAUUCAAGACCAUUGUAUCCCAAGAAAUUGGAUAUUUUGAUGAUCAGAGGAAUUCUGUUGGAGCUUUGUGUUCUCGUUUAGCUGGAGACUGUUCAAAUGUUCAAGGCGCUACUGGUUCUCGAGUUGGCAUAAUGGUCCAAUCUGUUUCGACAUUGCUUCUUGGAAUUAUUAUGUCAUUUGUAUACUCUUGGAAUUUGACACUGGUAACGCUGGUAACAGUGCCAUUUGUUAUUGGAUCGAUUAUGAUUGAAGGGCGUUACAUGGAGGCAAGUUCAAACAUUGAAAGACAAGCUGUUGAGAAAGCUUCACAAGUUGCUGUCGAAGCUAUUGCCAAUAUUCGAACAAUUAAUAGUCUUGGACAGGAAAAAGAGGUCUUGAAAAGGUACGUUACACAGACUGAUCAGGCUGAUAAGGCUUCGAAGAAGAAGAUUAGGUUCCGUGGAACGGUAUUUGGCUUGGGACAAGCUUCACCAUUUAUUGCAUAUGGAAUUUCUUUGUAUUAUGGAGGUAUGCUGGUUGCAGCUGGAAGCAUUGAAUAUGAAAAUAUCAUCAAAGUUUCCGAAGCGUUACUUUUUGGUUCUUGGAUGUUGGGACAGGCUUUGGCCUAUGCUCCGAAUGUUGGUGCAGCAAUGACUUCUGCCGGAAGAUUGUUGAGACUUUUUGACAGAGUUCCAGCUAUUCACAAUCCUGCUGAACAGCCGUUCAAUACUGUUGAGAAAACUGAUGGCGAUAUUUGUUAUAAGAAAGUCGAAUUCUACUAUCCAACUCGUAAAGAAAUUCCAGUGCUUCAAGGCCUUGACCUAACAAUCAAAAAGGGUACAACAGUAGCCCUCGUAGGUCCCUCAGGAUGUGGAAAAUCAACCUGCAUUCAAUUACUUCUUCGUUAUUAUGAUCCAAUUUCUGGAACAGUCAAUCUCAGUAACACACCUACCACCGAAUUCCCCCUCGACACUCUUCGCUCGCAAUUGGGUCUAGUGUCCCAAGAACCAGUACUCUUCGAUCGGACGAUAGCUGAAAAUAUUGCCUAUGGUAAUAAUUUCCGUGAAGACAUCCCAAUGAGUGAAAUCAUUGAAUCUGCCAAAAAGUCCAAUAUCCACGAUUUUAUUGUGGCCCUUCCGCAAGGCUAUGAAACAUCGUUGGGUAAUAAGGGCGCUCAACUGUCCGGUGGACAGAAACAACGAAUAGCUAUUGCUAGAGCAUUAGUUAGAGAUCCAAAGAUUUUAGUACUAGAUGAGGCUACAUCAGCCUUGGAUAUGCAUAGUGAGAAGGUAGUUCAAGAUGCAUUGGAUGCGGCAAGAAGUGGCAGAACGUGUAUUACGAUAGCUCAUAGACUUACAACGAUACGAGACGCAGAUAUGAUUUGUGUUUUGCAGAAGGGUGUUGUUGUUGAGAAAGGUACACACGAUGAACUGAUGCGAGUGAAUGGUAUUUAUGCUGAACUCUACAGAAUGCAAUUAGUUGCGUAAGAAAAAUAGAAAUAGUUAUGUAAAUAAAGUUUUAAGUUAAGAAAAAAAUAAAAU